AUGGAGGAGGAUCCUGCUGCCAUGGAGAGGAUCCGCGCCGAUCUUAUCAGACGUGCUCGUAUUGAACGCCAUGGCGAAUUAAACAUGCAAGAAAUGCAACCGACACAGCCAACAUCCCAUCGCCCGUUCCUGCGACUCUUUCGACGGGGCCAACCGCCACCACAAACGGAGGAGCCCUAUCGCGUAGCCGUCGAAAGCCCCAAGUCACCAGAUCUCGAACAAGGAGUACCAGAUGCGCCCUCAAGAUCAUUUCAGUUUCCAAAUUUCGCCAGACCAUGGACCGCGAGGUCCAAUCAACAUCAGCCCUCAGGCGAGCCACAUCCAGGAGGCAACCAGGCCGCGAUAUCUUCCACCGAGUCAUCGACCGAGCCAUCGUCAAGAGCAACACCGUCACCGAGGCCACCUCCUCUAGCCUAUAGCGACACCUCAUACCAAAACGAUACGCUAGAAUCACGGGUCGCUGAGACUGUGAGUGAUCCGGGACGGCAGGAACAUGGGCGAAGUCCGAGUAGCGACCAACGUAGCCCCCGCCGACGACAUCAUCGCUCCCGUCACCCAAAGCGCUUCUUGUUCUGUAUCCCAUGGGUAAAAUCGAAGCAUUUGCGGGCGCAGAUUCUCCGUACCUUAGUCUCGGGUUUGAUCAUGUUAUUGCUCAUCAUUGUCUAUCUGGCCCUCUCCGUUUCGCAAAAGGUUCAAACUAGCGAGAUGACUAUCAUGUUGAUACUCGUCAUUCUCAUCGCCACCGUCUUCUUUUUCCACGGCCUUCUCCGACUUGUUAUUAUGAUCUUCAAGAGGAAGCGUGUCGCUUCUGGACGAACAAGCUUGCCGGAGACGCAAAUAUAUGGACCUCGGGGAUACGCGGUGCCAAACCGUCCGAUCCAAGUUGUUCUCGCUCGGGAUGAGGAGGCGGCUGGAGUGGAAAGCGAAGCGGGGAAGUCGAAGCCACCAGCAUAUGGACUAUGGCGAGAGAGCGUGCGAGUCGACCCUAAUCGCCUAUUCUGGCAACGCAACGAGGCCGCGGAUGAAGCACAGCUACGACCAACCACACGUUCGGGACCUCGGCCACCUUCAUAUGCCUCGGACGAUGGUGUAUCAUAUGUGGUAGAGGCAGCACCUCGGUCCACAGCACCCACAGUGGAUGUUCCUCUUCCAACGCACCCCUCGGAGAUGGGGCGCGUGGCACGUAUGCCAAGAUCGUGA